ACAUUUUUAUAAUUCUCGUGUUAUCGCGUAGAUUUCGCUAACAUCUUGGUUGUUUGACAGAAAUCGAUACUGUUUAUUAUCUUUGUACAAAACUAUCACCAUCAUAUAAAAAACUCUAAACAGAACAAAACAGUGAGAUCAUUUUGUACUCGUGAAAGUGAAAUUGUAAACAAUGUGCAGUGAAAAAGUGGGUAUUGAUUUAUCCGUUGCUUGCUCUGCGAUUGGCCGCCGUGACGUCAUCGCUGGGUGUCAGUGAGAAUCAAAGAUGGCGGACAAGAUUAGCUGAUCGGAAAGCGGCGCGCGCAGGCCACGCACCAAGCGGCGAAUCAGGCGCAUCAUGGUGUUCGGGGAAUGGGCGCAAGUGGAAGUAGUGGAGCUCGUCAACGAUGGCUCGGGGCUGGCGUUCGGCAUCGUCGGCGGCCGCUCCUCCGGCGUCGUCGUUAAAAGCGUGCUGCCCGGCGGUGUCGCUGAUAGAGAUGGUCGCCUACGGAGUGGAGACAUGCUUCUACGCAUCGGCGCUGUGUCGGUGGUAGGAAUGUGCGCACGGCAGGCGGCGGCUGUACUGCGUCAAUGCGGGGCCUGCGUGCGUCUGCUUGUUGCCCGGCCUGCGUCCGCCGCUUUACCACCGUCUAUGCAGUCUCUAGGUGCAUCUCAAGCGCCGGUAGUACCAUCUCGUCUGCUAGCUGACCCUAUAGAGUUAGAAAGGAGUCUGUCUGAGGCGGGACAUGAGGGCUUCGGUGCUCUGUGCGAGGACACUACGCCGCCGUCGCCUCCGCCCACUAUUAUUGAAGAGCGAUUACAUCAUAGGCCGGUAGCAUCGAUAGUGGCUGUGGUGUUACCACUGGACAUGGCGGUGCGCGGCGGCCGCGAGCCAGAGACCCUCAGCUACGAAGUACAGCUAAACAAGCAUUCCGCGCUUGGCCUAGGCAUUACCGUCGCUGGUUACGUCUGCGAGCAGGAGGAAUUAAGCGGUAUCUUUGUGAAGAGUGUGAGUGCGGGCAGCGCGGCCGACCUCUGCGGCAAGAUACAAGUCAAUGAUAGGAUUGUAGAGGUGGACGGUGUGUCACUACACGGCGUAACUAACCACAAAGCCGUGUCGUUGCUACGCGACGCUAAAGGACCCAUCGUGCGGUUAAAAGCUUUAAGAUAUCUUCGCGGCGCGGGGUUUGAGAGGCUACAGAAGGCGCUCGCGGCACAAGAUGGCCGCCGCUCGCCUGUCGCACCUCCCAGCCCUUCCGUCACAUCGCUUGCCAAAUAUAGUUUUAGUGUGUACGAUGAAUCAACGGUGAUUGAAGCAGAGGCGGAGUCAGAGAUCCGUCACCUCCCCUCCCCCACCUCGCCAGGGGAGGAGGCGGAGAUCGUGAUCGGCAGGGAAGAUGACAUCUCGGAGCGCGAGAUGCGCAGGAUACAGGACAAGUGGCGGGACAUCCUGAGGGAGGAGAAAGACUGGCCUGGACACCAACAUCAGUAUGAUAUUGUGGUGGGUACAAUAAUGAAAGAGAAGGACAGCGGCCUUGGUAUAUCUCUGGAGGGUACAGUGCGCGUGGUGCGCGGCCGCGAGGUGCAGGCGCGGCACUACAUCCGCGCGAUCGCACCGCACGGGCCUGUCGCACGACUCGGCAUUUACAAAGUCGGGGAUGAACUGUUAGAGGUAAAUGGUUGGCGGGUACUAGGAUCGCAUCACGUCGAAGUGGUGACGAGGUUACGAGCUGUCACCUCUCCCGUUCUACUCGUCUGUGUCAGAAAGAGACAGGAGGAGCAUAAACAACGCGAGAAUAGUUUCUCUAAGAGUGCAAUAAUUGGCGGCAGUUUGCAAGAUCUAUUGUCAGCGCCGCAAAGACUGAUUAAAGCCAAGUCUGAAAGUUCUGUCGCCUCGCUGUGCAGGACGGUAACCAUAGGUGUAGCGAAGCCUUUGCCGUGCAGCACUGUGGUCGGCGGAGAGAGGGUCGGACAGAGCGCGCAUACAAGUCAGGAAUGUGUGAACUCUAUAGCAUCUGACGACCACACCGGUAUGGAUUCAUUUCACGAAUGUCUACAAGAGUACGGAGAAGGUUUAGAAGUUGUACAAAUUUGCCUAGAACCAGAGGAAGCAUCUAUCAAAGAUGACGAACUAUCCGCAUUAUGUGAUCUCAGUUUUGAUGAUUGCAAAAAAGAACAAAAAACGGAUGAUAUUAAAAAAGAUGAACUAAAAGAUAAAGUGAAUGGUAUAAUGGAACUCAAGUCUUCAAAAUCUGAAGAAUCUUUAGAUGGACCUGAUGAUGACAUGACUAUAACAGAAGACGACGUUUUAGUUUCCCCAAGAGAAUUCAAUAUAAGAAGUAAAUCAGCUGACAGGAAAGAAACAAAUGGAAGUAGGAGCCUGUCGAAACAAAAUAGCAAAGAUCUAUCAACAUCCGAUGAAAUGGUAUUCGCAGUAACUCCUACAGGUUUAGAAAGAAUCAGUUUCGAAAAGUAUUGGAAAGAUUGCGGACAGAAUAAGGAAGAUGUUAUACAUAAAGUUAAAAGUGAUGAAAGUUGGAAGGAAUGUUUGAAUUCACCGACAGAUGAAGCAAGUAGUUUCUACGAUGCGACAACGAGAAUAUCCGUCCAAGAGGAAAAUAGUACAUUGUUAUUUAUCGAUCAUGAAAUAGACGGUUACGAAACAUGUCUCGACGAUGACUCGUCGGGGAAGUGCGCCGAAAAAAACGGCUAUAAAAUCAACGGAGAUGAGAUCAAAGACUUUAGUAAACAAAACGAAGUUCCUAGAAACAAAGACAACGCAUGUGCCAAAACAAAUACGGAUCAGAGUAUCGCCGAUGUUGUUGAAGAAACAUCGUACACACGGCCUUAUGUUCAAGAACAUAUAAUAAAACAAAUGAAAUCACUGCGAAUCGAACCUCUAAAUGUAAACAUCAGCACGAAAAAGAUAAGAAAAAAAAGUCCAACUAAACCGUCCAAAAAUGAACGCCGAUGCAUCGAAUAUUACAACGACCAAGAUGAAUGUUUAAGGGAAAUACGACAGAAAAAAUUAGAAGAAGAAAAGAGGCACAAAGAAGAAAAGAAGAGAACGCCAAAGAAUAUAGAAAAAAUGUUAAAGAAACAAGAACCUAGUGAGGAAUCGACUGAUUUGGAAAAUAAUUGCGUACCAGAUUGUCAUAAAUGUUUCUUAGAGAAUUAUGCGUAUGCUAUAACUAAGGCAUAUAUCGCUGAAGCUGCUGGUUGUAAAUUUUGUGAAGUGAUAAGAGAAAUGUUAGAACCACCAAAAAGGAUUCCGGACAGAAGAAUGUCGGCUCCUGCUAGCAUAAGUUGGGAAAGUGGUUCAGAAUCGGAAGAAGAGUGUCUAUUAGCUGUUCCUAUUGUGAAAGAUAGAAGAAAAUCAGCUGGACCUUUAACAAUAGUAACAUCUUCGAGACGACCAAGGUAA